UCUCUGCAUCCCGGCCAGGCUGGCUUUAUUAAAUGAAGUUCCUGCAGGGCAAAGAUGGGAAUUUACCUGGAUCAUCUGUUGGCUCUUCUGUAGGGAGGGAGUACAGAAUGUGAAGCCAGGGGAGAGACCUGGAAUAUGAAGCCUGUCUACCAGUGCCUGGACUCUGCAUUGUAGUGACUGCAUCUUGCAACCUAUGGAGGAAGAAGGGACAAACUGUUCACUGCUGAUAAAAAUGGCAGCCAGUGUCUCUCCAUUGGACUGUGAAAGGAGACUUCGGACCUUGGUGUCUGUCUGUUGGGCGCCCCAGGAAGGCUGCUGCCUGGUUGACACAGCCUUCUCCUAUUGAGUGGAGCAAGGGCAGCAUGGCUCAGAAAGUGUGGGUCAGCAUGCUUUUCCACAACCGCAAAGCCCAGCUCCUGCUGGUCAACUCCCUGACGUUCGGCCUGGAGGUCUGCCUGGCUGCUGGGAUUACCUACGUGCCACCGCUCUUGCUGGAAGUGGGUGUGGAGGAGAAGUUCAUGACCAUGGUUUUGGGGAUCGGGCCUGUCCUGGGCCUUGUCUUUGUACCGCUGAUUGGCUCCGCCAGCGACCACUGGCGCAGCAGCUACGGCCGGCGGCGGCCCUUCAUCUGGGUCUUGUGCCUGGGAGUCCUGCUGAGCCUUUUCAUCAUCCCCCAUGCCAGCCGCCUGGCAGGCCUCUUUGCCCUCAAUGCUCACCCCCUGGAGAUUGCCUUCCUCAUUCUGGGCAUUGGCUUGCUGGACUUCUGCGGCCAGGUCUGCUUCACUCCCCUAGAGGCCUUGCUCUCGGACCUCUUCCAGGAGCCUGACAACUGCCGGCAGGCUUUCUCCAUGUACGCCUUCAUGAUCAGCCUGGGUGGCUGCGUUGGCUAUCUGCUUCCAGCUAUCAACUGGGCUGGUAGCUUCCUGGCCCCUUACCUGGGGGGGCAGGAGAAGUGCCUCUUCAGCCUCCUCACCAUCAUCUUCCUGGGCUGCGUCCUGGCCACCCUUUUUGUGACGGAGGAAGCAGUGGGGCAGGUGGACGCUCUGGCAGGCCCCGCGCUGAAGGACUCUUCCCCCAAGCCCUCGUCCCCCAGCUGCUGCUCGUGCCAGGUUUCCAAGAGCCUCUUGCGAGCCAGGCAUGUGGUCCAGGCCUUGAGGAACCUCUGCGCGUUGGUCCCACAACUGCAUGGCCUCUGCUGCCGCAUCCCCAAGGUGAUCCGGCGUCUCUUUGUGGCCGAGCUGUGCAGCUGGAUGGCCCUCAUGACUUUCAUGCUGUUCUACACGGACUUUGUUGGCGAAGGGCUGUACCAGGGUGUUCCCAGGGCCGAGCCAGGAACAGAAGCCAGACGUCACUAUGAUGAAGGCGUCCGCAUGGGCAGCCUGGGCCUGUUCCUCCAAUGUGUCAUCUCCAUCUUCUUCUCGACAAUCAUGGACCGGCUGGUGAAGCAGUUUGGGACCCGGGCGGUCUACCUGGCCAGCGUGGCAUUCUUCCCCCUGGCUCCUUUCGUCAUAUGCUUCUCCCAGAGCGUCCUCAUCGUUACUGUCUCGGCCGCCCUGACAGGCUUCACCUUCUCUGCGCUCCAGAUCCUGCCGUACACGCUGGCGUCGCUGUAUCACCAUGACAAGCAGGUAUUUUUGCAUAAGUACAAAAGCAAAGGAAAGGAAGAUGCUGCUCAGCUGGACAAGAAAUCAGGCUUCCCCAAAGGCCCCCUCUCCAGCCAGAAGCUGACCUACCAGAACGGCCAUGCUGGGGGCCUCUUCUCCUCUCCUCCAGCUGCCAGCUCGGCCCUGUGCGUCGGCUCCCCCUGCGAGGUCUCGCUCAUGAUGAGAGUGGGAGACUCAGACCCUGCAGCGCCCGGUCGAGGGAUCUGCCUGGACCUGGCUAUUUUAGACAGCGCUUUCCUCCUUUCUCAGGUGGUCCCGUCCCUCGUCAUGGGGUCCAUCGUCCAGUUUACACAGUCGGUGACUGCCUACAUGGUGUUCGCCACCGGCCUCGGGUUGGUGGCUAUUUACUUUGCAACCAAAGUCGUCUUUGAUAAAAGCGAUAUGGCCAAGUAUUCGGUGUAAAAGGGGGUACGUGUGCACGUGGCACGCCGCCAACUUGUCUGUACAUGUGCAUUGACGCUAUAUUAUACGGCAGGCUGCACGUUGUGCACACCUCCUUUCUGUCUCUCAUGCUGUUUCUGUGGGGCAUGUGGCUGGGGAGAGGCUGUUGGGCUAAGUGCGGGUGUAUUAGGAAGGGCACCAUGCUGUUCUGUCUCCCACCAUCAGAACUUGCCCCGUGGUGCUUUUGUCUAAGAGCAGUGUUGCACAGAGGGCAUCAAUGAGGUGACAGGAGAAGAGUUUCCCUUCAAUCACAGGGUUACAUUUCUGUGCAAUUCCGCAGUUGCAUCCCGGAGGGAGAGUGCUCCUCCUCUCAUUCCUGGAGCGACGAGCUUAAAUCCUGCCUUGCUCUGGCAGGCUUCACCUUGCUUCGAAAGUGUAGAUUUCCUCUCUGACUGGUGGCUGCGGUGGAUUGGAAUAUUUGGGGGACAGGUGGGAGGGUGCUGCAUUGACAGAGCUUGGGGGGGCGCGGGGGGAG